AUGGCAUCCCUUCUUUCAACUUCAGUUGCUGCUUCACCCACCCCUCUUCUACGCAAAACUACCAUCGUCCAAUGCACCCAACUUCCUAGUUUCUCUAUGAUCUCUGGUGGACAAAGAUUUGUGACCUUGAAAGCACGGAAAAGAGCAUCACCACUAUCCCACUGCUUCAAGACCACCAUUACAUGCUCCGUUGCUCAACCUGAGACUCUAAAAAUAGUACAGGCCACCAUUGCUAGUCAAUUGUCAAUCGAUGAGAGCACAGUUGCCCCUGCAACAAAAUUUGCCGAUCUUGGUGCCGAUUCACUGGACACGGUUGAAAUUAUGAUGGCUUUGGAAGAAACAUUUGGAGUGUCAAUAGGCGAAAGUGGAGCUGAGAACAUUGCAACUGUUCAAGAUGCCGCUGAUCUGAUUGAAAAAGUGAAGGCUGAAGCUUAACUUUUUCAAUCUUCA